UAGAUUAGAUUUAGAGGUUUGACUUAUUAUAUUUGGAAAAUUAUAUCAAACCCGAAACCGAAUCGGUUUUCCGCUGCACAGACAAAGAUCGCUCUCAUUUCUGUUCAAAUUUCAAUUUCAAACUUAGUAUUACUCCAAAUUUCAAUCUCUCCCAAUUUUCACUCUCAAUUUUCAAUUCCCACUUAUUUCGGAACCACCCUCACUCACUCUAAAUUAGUAUUACCCCAAAUUUCAAUUCCCACUCAUCCACCUAGGGUUUUCUUUUCCACUUCGAAGCUAUGCUCAAUUUCAAUUCUUCUCUCGCUCCGCGUUUCGGCGAACGAAUGACGCCGUUCUGGUGAGCUUUGGAUUCGUUUCCUUUCGUUCCCCAACGCGGAUUCGUUGCUCUCGUUUCUCACGCGAUUGUUGGAGGAGUCGUAUCGUGUUGCGUUUGUUGACCGAUGAGGUUCAAUUAGGGUUUCUCGAAUUCGGUUUUGUGAUGGGGAUUUAGGUUUUGACGAACGUUGGUGUUGUUGUUUUUGUGGAGUGGGGAAUUUGUGAAGCUAAGAGGGAUGUUUUACUCACAGUUUAUUUUGGCCAAGAAAGGGCCACUUGGGACUAUAUGGAUAGCUGCGCAUUUGGAGAGGAAGCUCCGGAAGAACCAGGUGGCGGAUACCGACAUUGGCGUCUCCGUAGAUUCCAUUCUUUUCCCUGAAGUACCAAUUGCACUCCGUUUGUCCAGCCAUCUUCUACUUGGUGUGGUGAGGAUAUAUUCUAGAAAGGUGAAUUACCUUUUUGAUGACUGCAGUGAAGCCUUGCUUAAGAUUAAGCAAGCUUUUCGUUCCACAGCAGUUGAUUUGCCACCUGAAGAGUCCACUGCACCUUACCAUUCCAUCACCUUACCUGAGACUUUUGAUCUUGAUGAUUUUGAACUACCAGAUAAUGACAUUCUUCAAGGUAACUAUGUUGAUCACCAUGUCAGUACUAGGGAGCAGAUUACACUGCAAGAUUCUAUGGAGGGUGUGGUUUACACUACUUCACAGUUUGGCUUGGAUGAGCGCUUUGGUGACGGUGAUGCUUCUCAAAUUGGGUUAGACCUUGAUGAGGUUUUGUUAAAUGACAAAGCUGCUACUUCGGAGCAUGAUGGCUUUGGUGCUAGUCUUCAUCAAAAUGAUGAAAAGAAACCGGAGAUUGAUGAUUUACCCACUGCUGCUGAAGUCAGUAAAUAUGCUGAAGGUCCAUCAACCCCUGGACUGGAAGAGCCAAAUUUAUUUGGAACUCAGAUGGAUCAGGGCAAUAAUGAAGUUGAUUAUCAUAAUUCAGCAGAUUUAAUAUCACUAGAGGCCACACAGAAAGAAUCGCUGAAUCACCAAAGGGAGAAUGAUGCAAUUGAUUGCUCCUUGCAAAAUAAUGGGAAUCAUAUUUCUUUAGAUUUGCAUCAUGAAGAUAAUGCCUGCGAUCUGGUUGAAAUGGAUAGCAAAAAAGAGAAGCAGGAGCAUUUAGCAUGCCAGGUUGUAAUGAAGGAUCAAGAAAAUUUGAUACCUAAUGAUCAUUGCUUAACGUCAUUACCCUUGGUGGACUCUUCCAAUAAAGACUACCCUACCACCCUGUUACCAGAAUGUGAAGGUGGGAUGAUCAAUGCUUCUGAUGUAGCUGAGAAGGAGGAGGACUUACAAGAUGGAGUUUUGGCAAACAAUAACCUAGUUUCUGCUCCUUUGGCAAAUUUUGUUGUUUCUGCUCCUUUGAUGAACAAUGAAAAAGUUGCUUCUCCUUCUCAUGUUACUUCUGAUCAAGAGGACCUCUCAUGUAAACCGCUGUCUAACAACAUGGAUGAAUCUCGGGGUCCAGGAUCUGAUGGUCAUUUGCAGGAUGGUAACACAUUAUCAAAGCAUGAAGUUCUGAAUGACAUUGAAAUUUCUAAGAGUGAGGGGCAAUCCUGUCUGUUUGACGAUGCUCCAGUAUCCAAUGUUAUCAGUCCUCUAGGAUCACCUGGUAGACCUGAAGUUGUUGAUGAGGAAGCUCAGGCCUCUCAAGAACUGAAGGAAGCAGAGACUUUAAACCAUGUAUCUCAUGAAGCUGUGCAGCCCACUGAAUCAAUCCUUCGGCCAUGCAUGUCCCAUCUGGGCCAGCCUUCUCUGUCAUUUAUUGAAGGUGAAAAAUGUCAUGUAACUGAUGCUUCAAAUCCUGCUUUAAGUUACCAAGAGACUAUGGAGCCUUCUGUAUCUAAAGAAACACCUAAUUCAGGGAAAACUGAUAUGCAACUUGAGAGUCAGAUAUUUAGUAAUAAAGUAGAAAGUAUUAACAGAUCUGCUGCUACUGACAUGCCAGAGCCUGAAAAGUUGCUCUCAGCUUACCAACAUGAUGGUGAAGCAAAUGAUUUGCUGAUGGCAUCUACUCCUGACAAUCAGGGUGCAACUGAAGGCCAUACAGGUGCUGCAGGAGAAAAAUACAUCUCCGGUAAAAAACGUAGCUACACAGAAAGUACUCUUACAGUGCAGAGUAUGGAUUUGAUUGAAUCUUACACGGGAGCUCAAUCCAAGAGAACUGCUGAGUCUGUUCCCGAUGAUGAUGAUCUACUGUCAUCUAUAUUAGUUGGUAGAAAGUCUUCAGUCUUGAAAAUGAAGCCCAGUCCUGCAGCCCCUGAAAUAGCAUCAAUGAAGCGUGUUCGUUCUGCUUCUGCACCACGUACUAGUGCCUUAAAGAGGAAGGUGCAUAUGGAUGAUAUGAUGGUCUUGCAUGGCGAUACAAUACGCCAACAAUUGACAAAUACGGAAGACAUUCGUCGCAUACGGAAAAAAGCUCCUUGCACUCGUCAUGAGAUUUUAAUGAUUCAAAGACAAUUUUUGGAGGAUGAAUUUUUCCAUGAACCAAUAUUUAUGGAUUUGUCUACUGAUUUGACUAUUCUGCGAAAUGAGACAUUUGAUCUGACUGGAAUCAAGGUUAUUGAGUAUGGUUUAGAUAGUUCUUCUGUAGAAAAAACAAAUGAUCAAGAGUCCUAUUCUAGAACACAUACUGAAAUUCAUGGAGUGGAGGGUAAUAAUGAACCUAUGGCAGUCCAACUCCAAGAAGAUGCAGAAGUGCAACCUACUGAGGUACCUGUUUUGUCUGAGAGUCAUCAGUCUAAGGUUAACUUGGGAUCUCAUGAUAUUGAUGCUCAUGGGCACACGAGUAUUAUUUCUCAUGUGGAGGAGCUUGACAGUUCUCAAAAUGUUGAAUUGAACAAUCUCAGAGCAAAUAUUGCAGUUUCUGAAGCUGAGAAUUGCUCUGUUGGCCCUGGGCAUGAAUCUUCAUCCUUAACUGAAGUCUUCGAAAAUGAUUUUGCUGCAUCACUGGCUCUCAUGGAUAAAACCAAUGAUCUCGUUGAUUCUAUCCAUUCAAAUAUAUUGAGCAUUCCAAAUGCUGAGAAUUUGAAUACAAUCCCUAUUCUAGAGGAUGACUUUGUGGAGGAUCAAAGUGAUAGAAAUGGAGUAGGUGCUAUUAAGUGUAGCAUGGAAACUGGAACACAAGUUCAAACAGAUGGUGUGGAUGCCAAUGAUUUAUAUACAUCCUUGGCCACUGGUUCUACAGAAACUGAUGAAUUUACUAAUAUUCAGGCUUCCUUUAAUGGUGACCUACCAUUGGAGGAAAAUGGAAACAGCUUGCUAGGGCAGUUAAAUGAGGAUCAAAUUGUUGCUUCUGGCAUGGAUUGUGAUGACAAGGAUGCAAGGCCUGACUGCAUAUUUAUUGAAAAUGCUAAAGUAGAUUGCUUACAAUCUGAAGCACUUGGAUUAGAUGAAAAAGAGAGUUUGUUGAAAGAUGAAGAAAUCCCUGUCUGUCAGGAAGCUGAACUACAAAGUACAAUGUGCCCUGAAAUUAGGAGUCCUUUAGUAGAUCAGAAUGAUGAAAAUGACAUGAUUGCUAAUGACACAGGGUUUUUGAAUGUUGGUGAUGAUGAGAUAAUUGAGGAUGAUGAUGAUUAUCAAUCAUGUGCUGAAGGAACUAACCUUGAAAAUAGCGGAUGGUCUUCCAGAACCAGGGCUGUUGCCAAUUAUCUGCAGACUGUGUUUGAUAAGGAAGAUCUACAUGGAAGAAAGGAGUUGCAUCUUAACAAUUUAUUAGUUGGUAAAACACGGAAGGAAGCAUCUCGGAUGUUUUUUGAAACUCUGGUUCUCAAGACAAGGGAUUAUGUCCAUGUAGAACAGACAAAACCCUUUGCCAAUGUUAGCAUAAAACCUCGAAUGAAGCUUAUGAAGUCAGAUUUCUGAAACCUCAUGUAGGAGUGGCAGAUAUAGUUGUAAAGAUCCAUUCGGUGGUAGUUUGGCACUUUGGCUGGAAUCUGCAGGGUUGGGAUAAUAUUUUCAACAUUUUCUCCCCGAUUCUAGCUGUGGCUUUUCAUUUAUAAUUUUUUGGAGAUAGGAUUUAGCUGUUCAGUUUUAGUUCUUCAAUGGCCGGGGGGUUGAAGUGGGCACUUGUACCAUCCUAUUGAUUAUUCUGGGUCCUAAUGUAUAUAUUUUUGUAAAAUGUCAUAAUUUGUAACUGACAGAUGCUAAUUUGUACUGGUAUGUUGUUUAAACGCAUCCCUCCAUGUAAGAAUGUUCUGCUUUCUCUAGGCAUCAGAUUUAUGUAACAGAAAGCACCUUGUAAUUUAACUGUUCGGGGACAAGGUACAUCAUUUCUGUACUUUUAUUUGUAUAGUAUCUAACUGUAUUUAUCCUUUUA